AUGAGUGACGCAUAUUUUGUUGGCCGCAAAGAAUUACUCGCUUGGCUGAACGAUACUUUUGGGUUCGGAUUCGAGAGAAUUGAACAAACAUGCACCGGAGCUUGUGCCUGCCAAGUUUUUGAUUGUUUAUAUCCUGGAGUGGUUCCUCUCGGAAAGGUCAAUUUUGAAGCCAGAUUUGAUUAUGAAUAUAUCAAGAAUUACAAGAUUUUACAAGGAGUAUUUACAAAGUUGAACAUACCCAAAGUAAUUGAGGUGAACAAACUAAUCAAGGGAAAAUAUCAAGACAAUUUAGAAUUCUUGCAAUGGCUUAAAAGGUUUUACGACGUUCAUCACCAGGAGGGUUCCGAGUAUGAUGCAGUGGCAAAACGAAAUGCUGCCAUUAAAGAGUAUAGAAUGUUGAACUCAAAAGGAAGCUCAUCAACUGUAAAUGCAGGUUCCUCCCUGGCCUUGUCAACGACAUCCUUGUCUUCAACGAACAGCAGCCGAGUCGAGCUCAACAGUACAAUCUCGUCAUCCAUGGGCGCACCUUCCCAACGAAAACCCAAUCUCAAUACAUCAAUGACAUCAACAGUUUCUUCAAAGCAAAACGUGAAGAACAUCAAUACAACAAGAGGCGGAAAGGCUCAACAAGAGAAAAAACCAAUUACCAAACCAUAUGCUUCACUGCAGUUACGCAUUGAAAAUUUAGAAAGAGAAAGGGACUUCUACUUUCAAAAGCUCAGAGACAUUGAAUUGUACACACAAGCCAUUGAAGACAACCCAAAUGCCACGCAAGAACAAUUAUCAUUCAUGAGGGAUAUUCAAAAAAUUUUAUAUGCCACGGAUGAAGAUUUUGUUUCUGUUGAGGAUGACGAAAUCAUGAGCGACUCUAACAAGGAAAAUAUUGCCCUUGAACAAUAA